GUCGGUGGAGAUGAGAAUGACAGCGGCUUUCCUUUCAUCGAGAGACAUUGCAAGUGAUCGUUAAAGAUGUCCUUUCUUUUCCUGAAAAGCCUGGGAGCUGAGAAGGAGCUUUUAGUCUGUUGAAGCCGUCUUUCAACCCUUCCAGCUACUCUGAGCAGAAGCAGACAGAACACUGGGAGAGGUCAGAUCAAAGAAAAGUUUCCUUAAGGGGAGACCCUUCAGAUCAAAAAGACGGCGUAAUGGAGCCAGCAGUGUGCACGUAUGGUCGCACUUUUGUGGAGGUGAUGAGUGAAAAGUACAGUCCAGAGAACUUCCCGUACCGGAGAGGACCUGGCAUGGGGGUAGUGGUGGUGCCAACUGCAUGUCCCAAAGGUUCCCCUAUGAAAGACCGACUGAACUUGCCCAGUGUGCUGGUGUUGACUGGUUGUGGAAUUAGCAAUGCAGGAGACCAGAGUGAAAUCGCUGCCUUCUGUUCCCAUGUCAUGGAGCUGGACCUGUCCCAUAACAAGCUGCAGGACUGGCAUGAGAUCAGUAAAAUUGUGUCAAACAUCCCCAAUCUGGAUUUCCUAAAUCUAAGCUCCAACCCGCUAGCAGGGAUGACCCUUGAGCCACAGUGUGCUGAAGCCUUUUCUCACGUCCGACGCCUCGUCCUUAACAACACCCAAGUGUCCUGGGACACCGUAAUGCUGCUCACCCAUGGGAUACCUGAGCUAGAAGAAUUGUUCCUGUGCCUUAAUGAGUACAGUGGUGUAAGUGCCUCCAGUGAUGCUUGCCCCAGUGUCCGCCUCCUUCAUAUCACAGACAACAGCCUACACGACUGGGUCGAAGUCCGCAAAUUUGGAUCGAUGUUCCCGGGACUUGACACACUAGUCAUGGCCAAUAACAAUUUAGCUUCUAUACAAGACAGCAAGGAUAUCCUACAACGGCUCUUCCCAAACCUUCGCAGCAUCAACCUCCACAACUCAGGUCUUAAUCGAUGGGAAGACAUUGAGAAGCUGAACUUUUUCCCUAAGCUGGAGGAGGUACGACUACAAGGCAUCCCAUUACUGCAGAACUACAGCAAUGUGGAGCGUCGCAGCCUGAUGAUAGCGCAGCUUCCCUCUAUAUCGCUGUUGAAUGGCAGCGUUAUAACUGAAAGCGAAAGAGAAGAUUCAGAGCGAUUUUUCAUCCGUUACUACUUGCAUUGCCCUGAAGAGGAGCUGCCUCACAGAUACCAUUGUUUGGUAAACAAGUAUGGAAAGUUGGAGCCAUUGGCCGAAAUCGAUCUCCGGCCACGCUGCCAUGCUGAAGUGGAGGUUCAUUGCGAAGAAAAAGUGGAACAGCUAUGCAUACGUUUGGACAGGACUGUGGCUGAGCUGAAGAAGCAGCUGACGUCAGUGGUCCAGCUGUCAACUAACAACAUGAGAUUGUAUUACAUCGACAAGAACAGUGCUUUUGGUCCUGAAGAGCUCAGAUACAACACGCGAGCGCUUCACUCAUACAAUAUCCAAGAUGGUGAUGAGAUACUUGUUGUUCCCAAGACCAAGUGAACUGUUGCUUUACUCAUUGCCAUUUUCUGUAACAAACAAGUACCGACCUAUUAGGUUAACUGACUGGAAAACACUGCAAAAUGUAUAUCUUAUAGCUCCAGAGCUGGUGUGUUGAAAUGAAGAGUGAUUCAAGAGAAAGAUGAGCUACAUUGUAAUGACUGCACAGUGGAGUGCAGUGAGGCUCUGACUACAAAUGGACUGAGUUAGGUCUUCAUUUAUUUAAGCUUUAUUUGAGGACAUCCUCUGAGUUGCAGGAUGGGGAGGACGGAUGGAAUUUGACAACUGGCUGGAAGCUGGCAGCUUUAGAUAGGAUGUCAUUGCUGCACCACCACUGCACCUUUAUCUCUGCAUGAAUGCACCGUGGCUGCCCAGGCAGGUAAAUAACCACACUUGCUUGGCCAAUUGUGACGAAAGCUACCUUGAACCACCGAGAUGUGGCGCUGCUGAGUGGACUAAAUUAUGUUGUGUUAUCACUUUACUUUUAAGUGUUGAGAACAACUUUUCUCUUAAGAAAAGUUUGACAUCUUCAGGUUUAAUUUUGCUCUUUAAUAUUUUUCUUUCGUGCCAACUCUGUAAACCUUGUUUAAAUCUUACUGAAAGAACAAUACAUAAGCCCAAGAGUCAUGUUCGAGAUAUAAUCAUGAAGAAAAAUUAGAGUUGUUUAGAGAUAUGAAAUACACUGUAUUCUGACUAUUUAUGAACUAUGUUGCUACAAUGUUGCUAAAAGUAAAUGUAUUCAUCUUCUUACUCAGUGAAAAAUCAAUGAAUAUGCAAAUAAUUAAAAACAUGUUCAAGCAUU